CUGCGAUUCACAUAAUACGGUUGAUUAAAGGAAAAAUGAGCAAACGUAAGGCUCCUAGUGAAGAAUCAAAUCCGAACCAUGAUUUUUGUGAAUUUUUAACAGAACUGGCCGAAUACGAAAAGAACGUAACUGGACACAUCCAUAAAUAUAAAGUGUACAGGAAGGCGGCGUCAGUGUUAGCCGCUCACCCUACCAGGAUCACAUCGGGGGCAGAAGCUAAGAAACUCCAAGGGAUCGGAGAUAAGAUAUCCAAGAAAAUUGAUGAGUUCUUGCAAACUGGUAAACUACAAAAAUUGGAUAAUAUCCAUCAUGAUAAAGAAAGUCAGGCUAUACAAGAAUUGACAAGAGUCUCAGGUAUAGGAAGGGCAAAAGCUAAAAAACUGUAUGAAGAAGGUAUAAGUUCCAUUGAGGAGCUUAAAAAACAUACCAAUCAGUUGACUCAUCAUCAGAUAGUUGGUUUGAAGUAUGUGAAUGAUUUUGAGCAGAAAAUCCCUCGAGAAGAGAUUGAAAAAAUUGAGAAAGUUCUUGUAAAAACAAUUAAAAACUUAGACAAAGAGUAUGAUGUGACUAUUUGCGGCAGUUACAGAAGGGGAAAAGCCUGUAGUGGUGAUAUAGAUGUCCUAAUCACACAUCCCCAUUAUAAAAGUGACCGAAUUGAUAAGGAUAAAAAAUCCAAAACCCAUAACCAUAUUUUAAAAGAAGUUGUCGAGGCACUGGAGAAUUGUGGGCUGGUCACAGAGACUUUGUCCCUAGGCGAUUCCAAAUUUAUGGGUGCAUGUCAACUCAGCGCUGAUUUACCCACCAGAAGAUUAGACAUAAGAUUCCAGCCCUAUGACCAAUAUUACUGCAGCAUAUUACACUUUACUGGGUCAGACAUUUUUAAUCAGGAUAUGAGAGCUUUCGCUUUAGAACAGGGAUUUACUUUAAAUGAGUACACUUUGAGGCCAUUAGGAAGCACUGGUGUACCUGGGGAACCAGUGGAAAUAUGUUCCGAAAAGGAUAUUUUUGACUCUAUUGGUUAUCCUUAUAAGGAACCAAAGGAUAGAGAGGGAUAAUAAUAUAAAAAUUCUUUUUUUCGAGUAAUUUUAUAUUUAAAUAAAUCAAUAUUUCCUUCACAUUGUUUUUUUUUUUGUUUAUAUCGUAAACAUAUUUCUUAAGUACAAAUUUAUUUAAAAUAGUUGUUAUUUAUUUGUAUUUUAGUCUAAAAUAUAUAUCUUAUAUACUGAA